AUGUCUUCUUCGACUGCCGCCGUGCCAACGGCCAGUACUACUACAUCAGCUAGCCCCACUAGCACUUCUUCAACCUCUUCUACAUCUACCUCCUCUACCUCGACAUCCAGUUCCUCCAGCACAACAAGUUCCUCGACAUCAACAUCCAGCACAAGUUCCUCGACGUCGACGAGCUCAACAUCGACAUCGACUACCUCGUCGAGCUCUUCCACUUCUACAACCACCUCGGCGACGUCAGCGACGUCAGCGACCUCAACGGAACCUCAGACGACAGUUGGGCCAACGACUAUCGUUGUAACUUCUACGUCGACAAAACCCCCACCGUCCGCAACCGAGACAACAUCAGUGUCCUCUACCAUUACCUCAUCCACUGGCACUGCCUCAGCAACACACACUGGUUCCGCCUCUUCUGGUUCUAGUGGACUCUCCGCGGGAGGUACCAUCGCGGUAGCCGUUGUGGUUCCUGUUGCAUCUGUUGCUCUAAUCAUUUUAGUUGUAUUGUGGUGGUGGCGACGUCGCAAGGCCAAUAAACUUGCCGAGGAAGAGAGGCGAAAGGAAGUGGAGGAGUAUGGAUUCAACCCUAACAAUGACCCCGGUCUUGGCGGCAGCGUUGCGGGAGGUGCCAUGUCCACCAACACGUACAGCGAUCGAUACGAAUCACAGGAUGGCAAUUCCGGAUACCGAGGCUGGGGCACAACUUCUCAUCCUCGCAAGCCUUCGACGAAUCUUUCCUCCAUCCCACUCUCCGAGACCAGUGCAAUGCAAUAUAGCGAUGGUCCUAUGAGACCCGAAUCCGGCGAAGCAGGUGCGAUGGGAGCUGCCGCAGGAGCUCAGAACGGCGACAUCCGUCGAGGCGCAUCCAAUGCGUCGUCCGCAUAUUCCGCUGGGGUUCACUCUGAAGGAUCUGAAGACGCGCAUAUGGGCGGUCCAGGACCCAACCAGUACUACGACGAGGGCAACCCUUACUACCACGACGUCCACAACACACAAGCAGGAUAUGGUGAUCCUGCUUACGGUUUGGGGCAGCCCGUGAUUCGAGAUGUGCAAGCGCGCCGGAAUACUCGCAUCGAGAACCCUGGCGUCUAUCCCCAACAAGGCAAUGCCGGUAUCGCUCAGAACUUCUAAGCUCGGCUGCCGUCUAUAUUUCUA